AUGCCUGGUAUACCAACUGAGAUAGCCACGCACAACCUCAGCAUUAUUCCUUUCUCGGCACCUGUAAGACAAAAGCGUAGAGCCUUCACACACGACAAGUGCCGGGCUAUCCAGGUUGAAGUGAAGAAGUUGAUGGCCAUCAACUUUGUCAGGGAAGUGACAUACCCUCGAUGUGGAUACAACCAAAUUCGAAUGAACCCUACAGACGAGGAGCACACUGCCUUCACCACAGACAAAGGUCUCUAUUGCUACCAGGUCAUGCCCUUCGGAUUGAAGAAUGCAGGCGCCACUUAUCAGCGACUUGUCAACUCCAUGUUUGAAGAAGUCAUCGGUACUAUCAUAGAGGUAUACAUGGACGAUAUGCUGGUAAAAAGUUUAACCUUAAAGGAUCACGUAACCAACUUCUCAAUUUUUUUCGCCAUCAUAUUACGGAACGGUAUGCGGCUUAACCCACAGAAGUGCAUCUUUGGGGUCGAGGUAGGAAAGUUCCUCGGGUACAUCAUUAGCCACAGGGGAAUUGAGGCUAAUCCAGAGAAGGUACAGGCUAUAUUAGACACGGUAUCCCCAACCUACCGAAACGAGGUCCAAUCUCUUACAGGUAAAGUAGCCGCCCUGUCAAGAUUCGUCUCCAGGUUGACGGACAAGUGUACUCCCUUCUUCAGGCUGCUAAAGACCCAGCACGUAAAGGUAAUAGCUUGGACCGCUGAGCACGAAGCUGCUUUUCUUGGCCUAAAGGCAUACUUAGCCGAGGUACAUCUACUUUACAAACCUGUCCCAGGAGAAAUGCUCUACAUUUAUCUUGCGGCAUCUUCGUCGGCCUUGAGCUCCGCUCUGAUUAGGAAAGACUCUGAUUGCGAGUACCCGGUGUACUACGCUGGAAAAGGUUACACUGGUGCAGAAUCCAGAUACCUGGAUGUUGAAAAAAUAGCAUUAGCCCUCCUGGUUCUGCAAAAGCCAGAGACGUCGGGCAGAUUAAUUAAAUGGGCCAUCGAAUUGGGGGAAUUCGAUAUCAAGUACCAACCCCGGACAGCUAUUAAGGGCCAGGCAGCGGCAGAUUUUAUUUUCGAGCCAAUUCCCUCUCAUAACCCGCCCCCGGGAUCUCCUGGGCCACCAGCCCCGGAUCCACCUCCACCAAGCACUUGGCGGUUGUAUGUUGAUGGAGUGUCUAACAAAAGGACAAGUGGCGCCGGUAUCCUACUAAUUAGCUCAGACGAUCAAGUCUACGAGUAUGCCCUUAAAUUUGCCUUCAAGGCAUCCAACAAUGCCGCAGAAUAUGAGGCACUCAUAGCAAGUCUACAGAUCGCCUGGGAACUAGGUGUCCAGCACCUCAGUAUAUCCAGCGAUUCUCAGUUAGUCGUGAACCAGGUCAGCGAUAACUUCGAGGAAAAGGAGUCCCACAUGUCCUCUUACCAGGCCUUAGCUCAGGCACAGGUUCAGAGAUUUACCUCCUAUACUCUCACCCAAAUACCGAGAGCAGAGAACGACAAGGCAGACGCCCUCGCUAAGAUUGCGGCAACUUCCCCAAGUCCUACCUACGGGGCCACCAAAGUCGAAAUACUAGAAAGGCCUAGCACUUCUAAAACGGUGUCAGAAAUAUUCACGGUGGACCACACAACCUCCUGGAUGGCCCCAAUCUUAAAGUACAUGGUGGACGGUCUAGCACCAGACGAUAAGGUCGAGGCCAGGAGACUCCAGUUAAGGUCAGCUCAAUAUACGAUCAUGAACGGAAAGUUAUACAGAAGAGGUCACUGCUUCCCCAACCUGAAGUGUGUAACACCGGAGGACAGCCACAAAAUAAUGAAGGACAUACACGCUGGUGUAUGCGGUAACCAUGCUGGAGCCCGGUCACUUACACACAAGACCCGAAGAGCAUGA